AUCUAUGAUGAGCAGUGCGUCGAGGAUGCCCGCACCCGCAGUUGUCAGGUGAAUGGCGUCCUUCGAAAGUCCAGUCAGCUGCACUUUCACUUCGAGAUGCAAGAAAGCUGGCAUAUAACGUCAAAUUAUUAUUAUAAGCAGACACUACAAGAUCUUCCCAACACGGAUUAUGAGAACGAAUUGCAAAAUGGUGCUUCGGCGCAACGGUUCGCAGGAUAAUAGAAGCUGCGCAGUUGCUAUAAUCACGCGUCUCGAUGUAAACAAGAGAGUGAAAUUUGACAACUGGAAGUGCUGAGUAAGCCUGAGAGUGUCAUGCUACCACAAGCCGGAGGUACGCUUAUACUGACGAAAAUAAUUGUUUCCAAAAUGUCUUUAUCCGUAGUUUAAAGCAGCGAGUGUUAUCGAAAUUAUUUUGUAUCUGCUCGUGUAAGUUAGUUAACAAGCUUUUUUUUUUUUUUUUUUUUUUUUUUUUUUUUUUUUUUUACAAAGGUAGUGUUUUAGCAGCCAGUCUGCUGCUGAUAUUUUCUGAGUGACGUUUGUUUUAAUGCGGGUUUUCUAUCUGUCGAAUACCUGCCAAAUAGGCUACCAGCUAUACAUUUUACCAUAAUAUUAUUUUGAAAACAGAUUUGAAUAGUUUAUUUUAAACCGACCAAUAAAAUUGUUGUUUGCUAAAAUGAUGGAACCCCAGGACAAUAUUGAAGAGGAUGACACCUCAGCAUCAGCAUCAGCAUCCCCGCCACCCCGGUCUUUGCCCCGUCAGCGCGUCUCUCUGCAGAAGAGCAGCGUGUGUUCUCGCUCUUACUUCAUGGUGGUCAUGGUUUUCUUCCACGUUUACAUCAUCAAUGUCAUUGCACUUCUGCUGUAUGUUCACUAUAAUAACGGCUCUACCACAAGCACGGCAAACCGGGAUUUUACAAACAGAGAUAACAGUCAUAAAGUCACCGGAACGUCAGAUGCGCAGACCCCUUCAGACUCGGACUUCCCUCGAAAUAUCUAUCUUCCUCGCAUUGAAGGAAUACGGGUGGGACAUGUCCAAAAAGUGUCACUGGUGCCAGGGAAAGUCCAUGAAAUGAAGACACUCAGUUUGAAGCCCCUUCUGUUUGAGAUCCCUGGCUUUCUGUCAGAGGAGGAGUGUGGUGUAGUUGUGCGUUUGGCUCAGCUGAAGGGUUUGAUGGAGAGUCAGGUUAUGGUCCCUGAAGGUCAAGAGGAACUUAAUCAGCAGCUUAACCUCAGUCCUGAGGAAAUCUUCAAUUUCCUUGACCUCAACCAAGAUGGCCAACUACAACCUCAUGAGAUAUUGACACACUCUCGAGUGAGAGAUGGAAUCUGGUUAACGUCUGAGAAUCUUAAGGAAAUCUAUGAUGGCCUAAAAGUUGAUCAGGAUGGAAAUGGUCUCUUGAGUUUAGAGGAGUUUGGGCGUCUGAGAAGUGAUGCCUUUCAGCGUUUUCUGCUACAGCGUGGGGUAGAAAGGAGCCAGCUGGUGAGGAACAGCAGACACACCUGGCUCUACCAGGGUCAGGGAGCACAUCAGGUUCUUCAAGACCUCCGCAAAAGAGUCACUCGUUUAACACGACUGCCAUCCUCUCUGGUGGAGUUAAGUGAACCUUUACAAGUAGUGCGCUAUGAGCAGGGUGGCCAUUACCACGCCCAUCAUGACAGUGGGCCUGUGUACCCUGAAACAACCUGCACACACACUCACCUUGCUGCCAAUACCACCUCUCCAUUCCAGACUUCCUGCAGGUACAUCACGGUUCUGUUUUACCUUAGUAAUGUAGAAGAAGGGGGGGAGACCACCUUUCCAGUGGCAGAUAAUAGGACUUAUGAAGAAGCGUCACUGAUACAGAACGAUGUGGAUCUGUUGGACACCAGGAAGCAUUGUGAUAAAGGCAACCUGAGAGUGAAGCCCAUUAAGGGGACGGCAGUUUUCUGGUAUAACUAUCUCUCCGAUGGUAGAGGUUGGGUGGGUGAACAGGAUGAGUAUUCUCUUCAUGGUGGCUGCGUGGUGACACGAGGGACUAAGUGGGUUGCCAAUAAUUGGAUCAAUGUUGACCCAGACUACCAGCGACAGGCACGCUACCAACAAUUUGUUUCCCAACAAGAGACACAAGAGCAAGAAGAACUGAACUCAGACCAACAUAUUGAAACACACCAAGACUUGUAAACACACACAAAUCCAGGUACAACAAUGAACAUACUGUAUAUACACAUUCUCUUCCGUGUAAUGAUCUUUUUAUAGUCCUCACUUUUUCUUUCACACACACACCUUUGCAUCACUCAAACACCCUGAACCACUGACCUCAUACCAACAAACACACAAAAACACACUCAUCCUUUGUAUAUUUUAAUCAUUUCACUCUUCCACACAAAUGCACACUAUAGAAAUGUAGCCCUACCAACAUUUCCAUGUAUUCAGAAUUGAACGAGCUUUACCCAGCCUUUAGCGGUUCCCAGUGUCUGAACUGGAACCUGUGUUGGGUUGGAUUCAGGGAUGAACAACCUGAUCUUUAUGCAACUGUGAAAGACAAUGCUACUAUUCCUAAUGUAGAUAUUUGAAGGGAUUAUUAUUCCCAUUAAAUGGGAAUGCAGCCAUAUUUGACAACUUUGUUUACAUACAGAUUGACACUCUACUGUACCUUCCAAAGGCCGUACAAUGCAUUGAUAGUAAAUAGAAGAGCAUCUGAGAUGUGUAUCUCUUCCCUGGUGGGAUGAUAGUUAUAACUUAGGAACCUCCAGCAAAUAAAGCACAGUCAGUGCUGAAGCAACUUCACAAUUGUGGGAGGAUGUAGUGUGUAUGUGACCAAAGAAUGUGUAAACUAUGUAUAUUGUUGCUUUCUACUGAAGUGACAUUUUAACUGACAUCAAAAUCACUGAACACUUUGGUGUUAUCUGCAGGUGCACUCAGCAUUAACUAGUUGUAGUUCUGUCAAUGGAGUACAGGUUAGUGUAUUAUCAUAACUAGUAAUAGUUUUAACCUAUGUAACAUCUAUUAUCUCUGCAAGGACGUUUCUUACACUUAUUCCCGCUCAGAAAUUCCUGAAAAGAAGCAUGUAAACUUGCACAGUCUUGUAUGAUUUGUUUGGAUUUUAAUCAUUUAUUUUAUUAUGUUUUACUUUGUUAAUUGCAAUGCAUCCAAAGACUGACUGAGGUUAACUUAUUUUAUUUAUUUGUUGGAUCACAUUGUUGCUGUUAAAAUGCACAGAAUCACUUUGUCGAAUAAAUUAUUAAAAUGAUCAGUCAGA